GCAGCACUAUUAACUGAUUCAUUUUGAAUAUAAAAAUUUUCCCAUGACAGUUUCCCUUUAAAGAACCACUGGCUCUAAGUUAUUUAAUGUUCUGUUCAGGGUGUCUGACCAGGGUGUCUGAAGUCAGAUAUUUCUUUAAGCAGUUCGGUAGAAACAUAAUGGGCAGUAUAGGUGGCAGAUACAUCUUUUACAAUGUUUUUUUCUUCUAGUUAAGAAAUAAAUAUAUAGAAGUAGAGGUUCAUUUAGGUCAGACUCACUCUACGGUAUGUACCAGUUGUGGUUGGUAGAGAGAGGAAGAGUCAUGUUCCUUCCUGUGCAGCUUGUUAGAAAGUCUGACGGGUUUCCGUUGGUAGCACUAUGAACUGACCACAUCCUGGGGCUUAUUGAUCAGAUUUGGCUCUUUGCAUGGGUGGCCAAAUUCAAUGUAAUACCUUUUUUAUAUUUAAAUCGAUCAAAUAUUAGUUUAAAAUGGCAGAUUGUAGCAUUCCCUUUUAAAUAAUGCAUGUUUGUUAAAUAACACCAGGUUUUGGGUGAAGUUGCCCUUUAACCAGACCUACGUCUUUGUAAUAUAUUUUAUGUAGACAGGAGCUGGUUUCAUUCUCUCUAACAUUGGUGUUCAGUAAAACUGACCUCGUGGCUUCAGGACUUCAAUUUCGGUUCCUUUGGUGACUUUGGGUCUUUUUUGCGGCUUCGGGAAGCUUUUCGCCGAUUCAGGACUUCCGAAGAGGUGGAGAAGCUUCGGCACUGCCAAGGGGCAGCUGUACUGCACUUUUCAAAAUAGCCAGGCCCCCCUUUAGGCCCAGGCCUGGUACAGGACUACCCCAUGUGCCCCCCUGAUGGCGGCCCUGGCUGUAAGUUUUGUGGUCUAUAACAAAAUAUAAUUGUCUAUCCUAACACAGGCUCCCAAAAUGGCAGCCCCCUCUCGUAUGACUAUUGACGCACAGUAAGUGUUGGCUUUAUCUAUUACUGCCUUCUUAAGGAGAUAUACAAAAGAUGAGCCAUAUUCUUCCAUCUAAUUAUUAUGAGAAACUGGUCCUUAAUAAAUGUUUUUAUUGUUUUUUAAGCUAUUGAUGUUGCCAUGGUUCGGAGUGAAACCCCAAUCCCAACAUUGUCCACUGGAGUUUUUCUACUGCUGCUCUUCUAAACUAUUUAAUAGACAGAAUGUAAGGAUUGGCCAACAGGAGCCAAUGUGCUGUAUAACGUUAUUUUUUAUUACAGAAAAAAGUGCACAAAUCUCUGCAGAGAGAUAUAAUGGCAGCAAAGUCCAGGUUCGGGCCAAAAGUCAAGGGCAGGCGGCAGACAGAGUGUAUCAGGAACAGGCCAAAGGUCAAGACAGGCAGAGUACAUGCAAAGUCGAAAAACCAUCUGAGGUCAACAACGGGAGAUCAAUAUCAAAGGAACAAGGACCAGACAGGAACAGGACAUGAACAAGACAAGAUUACCAGAUUCAGGAGCAGGAACAAGAACAGGAACCAAAUUGCCACAACAUGAGGCUUGGAAUUAGCAGGAAGACCAAUAAUCCAGCAAUGGGGUGUCUGGGAAUAGUCUUAAAUAACCCUCAAAGGAGCAUUUGCCCUCAGUUGGAGAGAGGGCGUGGACUAGGAACAACUGACACAAUAUUCAGCAAAACAAAAGGCAUCCGGUCAGAGUCAGGCUGUCACAAUACUGCCUCCUGUGGCUCAAGCAGAAGGGGCAGUGUCUGGAACAUAACAGGUCCCUGGUUUGAAACCAGGGAGUUUCUGACACUGGCCACACCCUGUACUGCAGUGAGUGUUAGCAGAUGAGGUGGUCUGCAGUGAGAAUGGGUAAAAAUGGCAUGGCAAUGGGUUACAUAUGUAAAUUGUAUAGGGUAAAGGAUCUAGUGGCUGGUUGGCAUAAGAAAACCUUUACACCAAGACAAUGCUGCAGUCACAAUCUUGCUUAUACAUGUCGGGGUUGGGUUUAUAUGAUGCAUAAAACUCAACAAAACAGGUAUACAGCUGUAUAAGCAUGCAACGUAAUGGAUUUGGUUAAAAAUUGUAUAUUCAUGCAUUCUACAUUUCAAGUAUUAAGGAAUUUUCUGAACAUUUGAUGUUGUGACUGACACCUUGCAAUGUUUGGUCUGAUUCAGUAGGCAGAAUAAUGAUGGCAUACAAGCAUGUGGUCGGCAUCUUUUCACAAGAUACUCGGGAUGAGUUUGAUUGGCUAAUCCCUUUCCUCCUGACCAUACCUGGAGUGAAUGACGUUCGAACUAUACAUAUCACCAACACCAACUAUAUGGAGGUUAUGGACGAGGCCUAUAAGUGCACCUUUGCCAUCCUGUACCAUUCCAUGAAAAGAGGAAGGAUAAAUGUAGCCGACGUGACAGACGCUCUCUAUGACAAAGAACUGGACGAUUUGUCUCGUUGUCUAGGAAGAGAUGGGGUCAUUGUAGUGAUAGAUGAUGUGGAGGACAGCUGUUUGGAGGCCAAGAACAAUAUCCUGCAGAAGCAGCCGAGCAUUGGGAGACUGACCAUAGAACUCUACCUCUUCGGUGACCAGGACAAGAAUUAUCAAGGAGAAGCAUCAAAUUUCACUGGAAACAAAUUGGUUCAUAUGAAGAGGUUAAUAAGUGGGAAAAUCAACAAGGACCAUCGUCCUGAAACCUCAGUAAACAACUAUGUCCAGUAUCCGGCUGACAGAAGAAUUUCCCUCCAGAGAAUCAAUGAGGUACGAAAGCAUGUGCUUAGAGCAAGACUUUUCUAUCAGAUCACUAACUUGUCCAAGAGAGGGGAUCAAUAUCAUCAGCACAAGAGCCUGGUGGACCCUAGACUAUCCAAUCUAAGCAAUGGCCUUGUGAAACCAUUAGAAUACUAUAACAUCUCACCAGCAGAAGAUCAUGGCACUCUGAAACACGCUUGUAUCGUUCUCUUUGGAAUUUGCAUAAUUGUUAUAAUCAUUCUGGGUGUUACUCUAGAGAGGAGAGGAGUAGAGAGGAGAGGAGAACGUUACUCUAAUACUCUCACCCGUAAGCAUUAAGACCUUCUCUCCAUGAACCCAGAGAAGGUCCUUUCCAGCGCUUGGAACAGAACCCUCCUUCCUGAAUGUGAUAUAUAUCUCUAAACCUCACGCACUUCAUCCUGUAGACUAAACAUUGAACCUUGGAAACACAAUUCUCUAUUGUAACCAAACCAACUGCUUAUUAGAAAUCCCAUGUUCCCAUAUUGCUUGGCAAGUAGGUUUGUUUUUUUUGAUGCAUGGCUCAAUAAAAUGUUUGUUUGGGUGAA